UAUACGGUUACGCAAAAAAGGCUAUAGGUAGAUUGACAUUUCAGAACUUCAUGAAUGGACAGCGACUCUUGAGUAGCACUUAAAGCUCACGUGUUCAUGUUAAGUGAAUUUUUGGGAAACGCACGUAAAAAGUAGAGAAGCUCUUAACACCUCAGGCGAAUGCUGCAACGCGACUUCUGUUCGUCUGUGCGCUCUAACAAACAAACAAACAAACAAACAAAACGCUGUUGAAACGUAUAAUUGUAUGUACAAUUAAUAGGCCUAGAUACAUUUGAGAAGGCCCUGCCAAAAGUCAGUUUGUACCUGGCGGGGAGAUACUUUUGAUUGGAGCGUGAUGGGUUUCCAGAAAACGUUGCGACAUGUCUUUUGUUAAACGCAACCACAAGAUUUAAAGGUUUUUUCCCCAUGAUGUAUACAAAACGGCCUCCCACUGUCGCUGCCCUUGUGCUCAUAAGCCAAUAUUUAAAGUUUUUUUUCUUUCAGUAUUUGUACAAAACGGCCUCCCACCGUCGCGGCCAGUGUGCGCAUGAGCCAAGCGUGAGAGUCCCUGAGCUUCACCAACACAAGCGUUAAAACGCACAGGACUGAACGCCUCUAUCACGAUGGGCAGUGAAUGGCUUUUAUUCCGCCAUAAAAGCGCAAUAUGUGGACAUUCGAAAUGUUUUGUUCUUCUUCCUCUUCUUUUUUCUUUUUUUGAAGAGGGAAAUGUGCAGGUGCGUACGGUUCAGCACUCUGGACAGCGCGCGCGAGUUGAGCCUAAUGUGAUUUGUUAGGCUACUGUAAUUAUUUUAUCUCAGAGGAAGAAUCAUGCAGCUGAUAACAUUCAUCACAAACUGGGGUAAAUACACGGCAAGGGGACUUCUGAAGUGAGAAAUGGACUUUGCGGAAAUUCUAUUUGCUUUGUUCAUCGUUGUGGUUGCGAUUGUUUCUUUGUUGUCGAACUUACUGGUGUUGCUAUGUUUCAUCCACAGCAGCGAAAUACGCCGACAGGUGCCAGGGGUGUUCACCAUGAACUUGUCGUUUUGCAACAUACUGAUUUCUGUCCUGAACAUGCCGUCCACUUUCAUGGGGAUUGUAAAGCACCAGCAGCCUUUUGGGGACUGCCUCUGUGGCACGCUCAGUUUUCUGGAAACCUUUCUGACAGCCAAUAGCAUGCUGAGCAUGGCAGCCCUCAGUAUAGACCGCUGGAUCGCUGUGGUUUUCCCGCUGAGUUACUCAAGCAAAAUGCGCUACCAGGACGCGUUGGUUAUGGUGUGUUAUUCGUGGCUUCACUCCUUCACUUUCUCUCUCAUCCCGGUGUUUUUCUCAUGGUUUGACUACAGUCCCAUUUACGCAUCCUGCACGUUGCAUUUGAGCGAGGAGAGCGCACGGAUUAAGUUUACUGUGUUCACCAUAGUCUUUCAUGCCACCAGUUUCAUGCUCUCGCUCCUGAUUUUGUGCGUUACAUACUUAAAGGUGUUAAAAGUUGCACGCUUUCACUGCAAGAGGAUUGAUAUUAUAACCAUGCAGACCCUCUUCUUACUGGUAGAUAUUCAUCCGAGUGUUAAGCAGCGCUGUCUUUCAGAACAAAAGAGGAGAAAACAGCGCGCUACUAAGAAGAUCAGCAUUUUCAUUGGCUCUUUCAUCAUCUGUUUCGCCCCUUAUGUUAUUACAAGGUUGACUGAACUGCUUCCCUUUGUGGAUGUCAACCGACACUGGGGUAUUGUCAGCAAGUGUUUAACAUACAGCAAGGCAGCUUCAGAUCCUUUCGCCUAUUCCCUCCUGCGGCAGCAGUACAAGAAGGUCUUGAUAACAGUGGCCAAUCGCCUGUUGAAGCGUGAUUUAAACCCUUCCUCUGGACACAGCAGCUCUAUGGACACAGAGAAUGACUACAGUCUUCAGAGAAUCAGCUAAUGGCACUUGCACAAUCAGGAAAAGCCAAAAGCCUUGAUAAAGGUGUGUGUGUGUUUGUGUGUCUGUGUGUGUGAAUGAAUAGGACUGCGUGGUCACAGUUGGCGGCUUUUGCAAUUCAGCGGCCUGUUUCAAAGAAACAGUUGGAGCCCCAAAAAAGACAUACAAAAGUAUUGUAUGCAAUGUGACUGCAAUAACUUUUUAAUUAUCUCUGUUAUAUUUAACAAUGUUGACUCAUAUUUCAUUCUUAAUAGUCUAUUUAUAAAUGCAUUCUAUCUACCACUAUCCUCUAUUCAAAACAAAAUCAACAUUCAAUCUUUGUCACUCUCUCAGCAAGCACCUUGGACAGUGUAAUUAAAAGUCCUUGAGAGCAAAGAAAUUAAAUCUAGAGAACAUGGAUUAGAUAAGUGAUUUAAUAGGAGUUAGUAAUACAAUAUGUAUACAAAUAAUCCACAUCAAAGGAAAAUAUUUUACACUUAGAUUACGUUUAGAACUUGGCUGCAAGUUUAUCCUUAUUAUUCAGCGAUCUCAUAAUGUUGUGUUGAAUUGACAUCUGGGCAAGUCUGGUCUGUCUUGCAGCAUGGUGGACCCUUUAUCAGCCAAAGGCGCAAGAUAUAAAUAUACAUAUAUGUAAAAAAAAAAAAAAAAAUGAUAUACGGGGAAAAAAAAUGUAAUGAAACUAAAACUGCCGAUAGGUUGCAGCAAAUCAUUGUCUUGAUAUCAUUGAAUCAUUCAGUCAAAUGAAUUGUUCAAAACAGCUGAUUCAUUCAGGGACAAAGCAUGUGACUUUCUUUAUGAGUGAGUCAUUGAGUCAUUCUUUAAGGUGAUGAUACACGUGGCAACCUUUAGAGCAAUGUUGCCGGGCAAUGUUGCUUGGGCACUUUCCCAUUGAGAAUGGGCAACAAAUUAUUAGCUGGAUACUUUAGAUCAAAAUUUGUUGCCCAUUCUCAAUGGGAAAGUGGCCAAGCAACAUCGCUCGACAACAUUGCCCAGUAACAUUGCUCAAAAAGUUGCCACAUGUAUCAUCACCUUUAGACCAAUUUGUUCAAAAACAUGGAUUGAUUCAGUAAUGAAACAUCACUGUGUUGCUCGGAGAUGAGCAAUGGCAAUGUGGAUUUGUUUGGAGCUAUUUUUUGUUAGCGAAAUGUUCUAAGUCUAAAAUUAAAGUAAUCUAAUAUUGAUUUAUUGAACUGUUGUAUAAAAUCAAUAGGCUAUAUCUAUCACAUUUGCAAUUGUGCUGAUAUUCCAGAAAACAGCACUCUAUCCUGUUAUAAAUAUUAAAAACAAGAACUCAUACAGGGACAUUUUUGCCCUAUACGUCUUGAAUUUUGGGGGCAUUUUUAUUCAUUGUGGUGGUAUUUUUGCCCUAAGCCAAAGUUAAUAUCACACCACAUCUUGUUAACUUUCUUGUUAAAAGACUUUUCAAUCAAAAGCUAGUAACUGGACAGUGAUGCAUUUUGUUAUAUAUUAGUAACUGACAGAACAGCCAAAGCUAAAAAUCUCUAUUAUUGAUUCUGGAGCUUUUAUAGCUUUUAACAUAAGUGAAUGUACUAGAUUCCUGUAACAGCUGUUAGUGCUCGUACAUUGUUCUAUUUGGUGGGAUGUUGCGAGUUGUUUUUAAAAAGUGACUUUGUUAAACUCUUGAUGUAGCUACUUUGCACAGUACAAGAAAUUGUAGUGUAUUUAUUUAUUUACAAUGAGUUAAGCAGUUUACAGAGUACCAGAAUUUAAACUAAUGAAGUGCUUUAUACAGCUGUAUUCGUGCGAGAUUUGUUAACAUUUGUUCAAUUAAUUGUUUUGUGAAUAUGGUGCAAUAAAAAUAUCUAUAUGAAUAA